AUGCGCAUCUCUAUAAGUUUAAUUCUCGCGAGUGUUCAUGCAUGGACAUCUUUUGCCGGUACUCUGGAGGUCAUUGAGUUUGAGAAUCAGUGCGCGAUAUGGUCUUAUGACAACCAUGGCUGUACGGGUCAUUCGGGAUAUUUUAGCCAACUCAAGGGAGAGGACUGUUCACUGUUGGACGAAGUCAAAAACGGCACCCAUCAUGGUUACCCUGUGCUCGGUGUGGAGGCUUGUGGCACAGAAAACAAUUCGUCAGUCGCAUGGGUUGAAGUGGAAAAGACUGGCUUAGUCACUUUCUUCAAUCACCAAGGAGACAAAUCAGCAUGUAAAUUGGACAAUGGACUUAAGCUUGGCAGCCGGUGCAAUGCCUCUGACUCGGGAUCUUCCACCAAGUUGUCCUCCGCUUUGGCUACACCCGGAUCUUCGUUGUCAGUCUCUGAGUCAGCCUUGACUACCUUCCAGACCGCCCCUUCUUCCGGUUGUUCCGGGGCUUGA